UGACUUUUUGUGUGACGUGUAAAUUAGUCAGUGUAUUGCAAAAUGCAAACUAGAAAAAUAAAGAAACCAAUCCAAUAGAAAACAAUUUCGCGGAAUUAAUAACAUUAAAGAUUACUAGGAAAUUGGCAAUUGCAUACCUAUUUUUGUGAUAUAUAUUUGUUUGUUGUGUAACUAAUACAAUUAAUUGUAAAAUUGGUCAAUAGUUCGGUGGAUAAGUAGGUUUCCUUAUUUUAUAGAAUUAUGUGCGGCACCGACAAAAAACUAGGUGAAAUGAGGGCUUUAAUCCUAGUUGGUGGUUACGGGACUCGUUUGAGACCUUUGACUUUAAGUAGGCCAAAGCCCCUGGUCGAGUUUGCAAACAAACCAAUUCUAUUGCAUCAAAUAGAAGCUUUAGUGGAGGCUGGUGUAACACAGGUAAUUUUAGCUGUGUCAUAUAGAGCAGAGGAAAUGGAAAAAGAGUUAACAGAGAAAGUGGCUAAACUAGGUGUGUCCCUAACGUUUUCCCAUGAAGUGGAACCUCUUGGCACAGCGGGGCCUAUAGCCCUGGCAAAACCCCUGUUGAGCAAAUGUUCCGAGCCAUUCUUUGUUCUAAAUUCUGACAUCAUUUGUGAUUUUCCGUUCAAAGAACUUUACAAGUUUCAUAAGUCACAUGGAAAGGAGGGAACAAUUGUAGUUACAAAGGUAGAGGAGCCGUCUAAGUAUGGAGUGGUUGUGUAUAAAGAGGAUGGACAGAUUGAGAGUUUUGUGGAGAAGCCUCAGGAAUUCAUUUCCAAUAAAAUUAAUGCUGGAAUGUACAUACUUAGCCCAUCAGUCCUAAACAGAAUAGAGUUGCGCCCCAUGUCAAUAGAGAAGGAAGUGUUCCCAUUCAUGGCGAAAGAUGGGCAGCUAUUGGCUAUGGAGCUGCAAGGCUUCUGGAUGGAUGUGGGGCAGCCGAAAGACUUCCUUACUGGAAUGUGCCUUUACCUGAACAGCUUGCGUCAAAAGGACUCUAACAAGUUGUACGACGGUCCCGGCGUUGUUGGCAACGUGCUGAUCGACCCGACGGCGACCAUCGGUAAGGGCUGCCGGAUCGGGCCCAACGUCACCAUCGGGCCUGGCGUCGUCAUCGAGGACGGUGCAUGCAUAAAGCGCAGCACGGUUCUCCGCGGCGCCUGCGUGCGGCAGCACGCGUGGCUCGACAGCUGCAUAAUCGGCUGGCGCUCCGUCGUCGGCCGCUGGGUCCGCAUGGAGAACUGCACCGUGCUAGGCGAAGACGUUAUAGUCAAGGACGAGCUUUACGUCAAUGGCGGGCAAGUGUUGCCACAUAAAAGCAUCGCGUUGUCUGUGCCUGAGCCACAGAUUAUAAUGUAAGGGGCGUGUGUGUAAGAGCUGCGAAGUUUUUUUAUCAGUUACAUAUUAAUGUUCUUGGCGGCUGAGUUCGUAUAUAGAACUGCACCGUGCGCCUAUAGUGCGCGGCGUGCUAUCGUGAACUUUGCCGGACUGCACAAAGGUUGAUAUUGGGGUGUAGCCGCGUUCUUUGGAGGUCAAAGAGUUAAAGAGAAGGGGUUUUUGGGCCAUUUUAUUUACAUCUAUCCAUUCGCCGGACAUUCGGUUAUCUUGCUGCUAAGACGGACUGGACUGGACAUGUACGUUUCUCUAUUCUUCUUAGAAGAAAAUGUCCUAAAAAGUAUAGAUGUUAUAACCCCAUGACUGAUGCUUCCAUGGUGAUAUGGAAAAUACAUUUGAAUUGCGAGAAUAAUAGAAUAGAUGUUAUUCCGUACGGUUAAAGUGCCACGAAAUGGCGUCAUCUCAGCAUAUUGCUGUGGCUUCCAGCGCUGAUCUUCCGAUGAGACCAGCGCUGAUCUUCUGGUGAGAAGCUUGUCUGGAAAGGUCUAAAACAGUUAUUUAGUUAUUGAGGUCCAAAUAUAUGAAACACAAAUUUCACAAAUUUUGUUAACCCAUCUAUAUUUUUUCGCAGUUCUUACAUACAUUGAUAAAAGGAUAUUAAUUUAGUAUCAAAAUGCAAAUCGAUAUAUUAUACGUAUGAUUCGCUUAAACAAUUGUUUAAAGACAAGACUAUAUUUAUUUUUUCAUUAGAGAUAUAAUUUGCACAAUAAGUCAAUAAGGAAAUUGACUGCAAGAGAGAAUUAUAAUUGUUUUAUUUUUAACAUUACCUAUUGUAAUUUAAUGAAUUUUACAGAACUUGUUUCUUAAUAAGAUGCAUUGUCAUAUAUUUUCAUAUACCAUUCAUUUAUUUUGUAUUUAUAAAUAUGAUACUUUUAUUUUGUUUUUAGGUACUAUAACUAUAUCUUGUUCCAGUUUAGCUAUAAAAGUAUACUUAAUUUUAGCUAGCUUUUUAGAUUGCCAAGUAAAUUGAGCUAUCAUCUUUGAUAAAUGUUAUUUUAAGUACAGGUAUCUCUUUCAUUUAAGAGCAAUGGCAGUACAGUACCAUUUUUAAUUAAACAACCCUGUUACUUAUUGUUCAUCUAAUUUGGAUCAUACAUUUUACUCUGCAGUAUUUAACCAACCUAUAUUAUGGAAACAGAUGAAUAAUAAUAGCGAUAACUGCAAGGGGUUAAUUUAGCAUAUUAAUUAAUAUUAACAUAACGAACUUGAGACAUUCCCUUGUAUAUUUUUUGCGCUAAUAUUUUGUACUUUAUUCUUAUUGAUUGUAGAAAUGUUGUAGAUUAAAAAAAAAUCGGUUCCCUAAUAUUUUUAUAUUUUGUACAGAGCCAUCUACAUCAGCUGUCAAAUUCAAAGCACGAUUUUUUUACUUUACAUCUCUUGUACAAAUUGAUAACUCUUUUUUCUAAAGUACAAACUAAAUUUAAAAGAAUGAUUAAUCCUCAAUUCUAGAAUUUUUCUUGUACCUACGAUAAUGGCAAUAAACUGCCGUUUUACACCAAAAUUAGAUGUACCUACUUUACUUAUAAGUA